CUAUAAAAAAAUAAUAACACACACAUAUACCCGAGAAUACAUAUAUACACUGUAUAAGAUUGGUAUAUAGUAAGAGAAGACGGAGACUAUGUUCCAGGACGGGCCGAAAAACUCGAACUUGCGCCUCACCCAUCAAUGGGAUGUCACCCCCGACGACAGUUGCUCGGAGAGGAGCACCAACGAGUUCACGAGGGCUGUGCUCGCGCGCACCCCCCUGCUUUUGGUAGACUAUGUGCAGUUUCUGGCCGCUCGCAAGAUACAGAAGCAUUGGCGCGGCUAUUAUGCGCGGAGCUUACUGUACAAGCGGUGGCUGGCAGCGGUCACCAUACAGCGGUGGUGGCGCGGCUACUGGGUGCGCAAGAGCCACUUCGGAUUCGUGGAGAAUAAGCUCCAGACUAUGCUCAUCGACCACUACGAUCGGGCGGCGACGAAGAUUCAGGCGCUCUACCGCGGCUGGAGAAUACGCCAGACGGUGCACGACUCGAAGGGGCUGAGCCGGCUGCAGAACUGCGCCGCCGAGGAUCUGCUGAACUGUGUGGCCUCCAAGCUGCACUACAUGCUGCGCACCUACCAAAUACCGGGCGUCUACUCGCUGCGCAAUUCACACUGUUUGUCGCGCGUGGAGAAGCUGCUGGCCAGCACCCAGUAUCGGUUCCACAAUGCACGUGUGCACAGUGACAUGGCGUACCGCAUGAACGUGAUGGACAAGCACCGCAAGGAGUACAAGCAGAGCAAGUACUACACGAAUGUGCCGUUCAAGGGGCCCGACUACAACCUCGCCUGCAAGCCGCACUGCAGAGAGGCCUUGCACAGGACCAAGGACAUCGACGGCAGGAUGUUCAAGAUCAUAAACGACUACGAGAAGGCGCAGAUGGAGGCCAAAGCCAAAAUGGCAAAGUACAACCUGGCCGAGAGGAAGCGGCGCCAGCACAUCAAUAUGGUCCUCCAGCGAUGUCAGCGCGAGAAGCGCAACUUCUGUGCCGAUGUGAUUGCCAGCAUGCGACGCUGGAGCAUCUGGAAUGGAACGAACUUUGCCAUUGACAAGGACAUCUUUCGCAACACCGAGAAGCUCGAGCACUUCCUGGACGAGGCGUUCGAGAUAAUGGACAACCUCGUCAAUUGCCACUGCAAAAUGCCCGUGCACGACAUAGUCAUUUGUCACUGAUUCUUGUAAAAUUCCGAAUGCUACAAAUAAACUGCAAUA